GCUUCAGAACAAAAAUCCACUUGCUUUUUGCAUACCUAGUCUGGGAGGGACCGGCGCAGGAAGAAGGACGUUUCUGUCGCUGAAAGUUUGUCCGGCGUCUGUGUUUUGCAGAUUUGGUGUCACUCCUGUCUGAUCUGAUCUGGAUCAAAGAUAGGGAGACGCCGCUGCGUGCUGGAAUGAAAAUGGCUUCUGGCAGAACAGGAAUCCGUUUGGCUGCUUGUUUGCUAAAUAUUUCGGAAGGAAGGAGAAGGAAUGUUGUUGAGAAAAUAGCAAAAGCUGCUGUUUGUGAUGAUAAUGGUCGAAAGCGUCCCCAAGCAACAGUCCUUAACAUAUUUUCUGACUAUGACUAUAACAGGUCCGUCAUAACAAUAGCAGCUCCGGUUGACAGGCUUGGCAGCUGUGUCGUUGCUGCCUGCUUGGAAGCUUUUGCGUUAAUAGAUCUGGUGACCCAUGUUGGAAUCCAUCCAUGCCUGGGUGCAGUAGACUUGGUGCCCAUUUACCCGCUCUCUGGUGUCGAUGUGGAAGAGUGUGGAACUGUGGCUCGAAAUGUCGCAGAGACACUGGCUGUUCAUGCCCCUGGAUGCAGCAUAUUUCUUUUUGGGCACGCUGACCUCCCAUGGAAGCAAAGUCUUGUUCAAAGAAGAAAACAGAUGGGAUGGUUUGACCGUAAAGCUUUCAAAGCAGCCAGCAUUGUCCCUGAUAUAGGAUCAGCACCGACCUUAAGAUAUGGCUUAACAGGUGUUGGUGCCAGCCCAUAUGUGAUGAAUUGCAAUGUGACUGUAGACACUCAAGACUUGGCUACAGCAAAGGACAUAGCAGGUUCUGUCCGAGGAAGCGCUGCAGGCGGCUUGAAGGGUCUACAAGCAAUGGCUUUCCCGCACAAAGGGCAAAUCGAAAUUGCAUGUAAUGUGGAAAGCUUUGACCAUUGCGACGACCCGCUGGCUACUUGUGACGAGAUGGGCUACGUUUCGUACAGGGUUCUUGGGAAAACGUACUCUUACGUAUCACCUCAAUUGAUAGAGACUUCCAUUAAGAAGUUGGCCAGAGCCCGUGGAAUAAAGACCGUUGGGACUGCGCUGGUUGGGUUUACGCCAGAGGAAUGCAUGCACUGCGCCACCUAUGCAUUAACCCAUGGUGUUGGCGAAUUCUGGAGGAUGAGGGGUGGGGUGUUCAUGUGACAGCCCCCUUUUUU